UCUAUGGGGAAACGCCUGUUUCGCGAAGGCACGGGACUAGAAGCGCAUGGAAGCCCUCGAAAGUUCUGCGCAUGCGUUCGGCUCGGAGGGUCAAGCUCAGUGCCCCCACCUACGCUGACCACUUUCACUCGACUUGCUAUCUCUUUUGCGUACCUAGUUAGUCGUCGAACUUUCGGCGGAAACUAGCAGCAAUGGCGCAGUCUCAGCUUGCCAAGGGCUCUCGCCAGACCACUGGUCGUCCCUUCCAGAACAAGCCGGCCCGCGCUGCGCGCCGCCUGGUGAUCCGCGCUGCUGACGCUAAGGAGAUUGUGUUCGACCAGGAGUCGCGCCGGAGGCUGCAGGCGGGCAUCAACAAGGUGGCCGAUGCCGUCGGUGUGACCCUGGGCCCCCGCGGCCGCAACGUGGUGCUGGAGCAGAAGUUCGGUGUGCCCCAGGUUAUCAACGAUGGCGUGUCCAUUGCUCGCGCUAUCGAGCUGAAGGACCCCGUGGAGAACGCCGGUGCCCAGCUCAUCAAGGAGGUGGCCGGCCGCACCAACGACGCCGCGGGUGACGGCACCACCACCGCCUCGGUGCUGGCGCGCGAGAUGAUCCACUACGGCCUGCAGUCCGUGACCGCCGGCGCCAACCCCAUCGCCGUCAAGCGCGGCCUGGACAAGACCGCCGAGUACCUGGUGGCCAAGCUCAAGGAGCACGCCAAGCCCGUCAAGGGCCGCGAUGACAUCAAGGUGCUGCCCUACGGCGACAGUCUGGACGACCUGCGCUGCAUGUGGAACGGGUUCAGCUUCGCCGAGUGCCUGGUGAACAAGCGGCUGAACGGCCUCGACAUGGGCCGCGGCCUGCUGCCUGUGGAGUUCCAGCACCUGCUGGCGCGCACCCGCCACGAGCUGGCCGGGCUCAUGGGCGCGGAGGCCGAGGUCCGGGUGGGCACACCCGUGAGGCUGGCGCAGUCCGGCCCCGCCGCCGACCCGCUGCCUCCCGGCGGCGGCUCCGACACGCUGCACCAGGUGGCGUACACGGACCUCAUGGCCGCAAACGCCGAGUCGCUACUGCGCAGCCACGCCGCCGAGCACGUGCCCAUCCUGUGGCUGGACCGCCUGGUGGGCAACGUGACGGGCCUGCCUGCCGACGUGGCCAAAGUGUACGACAACUGGAAGUCAGUAUGUCGGGCGCUGCACUAUUUCACGCUCCAACCCGACCAACGGCGCGACUGGCGCGUCAAGGACUUACUGGAGGCUCGCGCCUCGCAGAACCUCGCCGGAAGGGCAGAGUUUAGAACCACCUUUAUAGCCGCCCAAAUGUGUCAAGCAAGGUCUUUCACACUGCUGGUAUCGCUGCUCAUUGUCGUCGGCAGUCUGCAGUGGGCUAGCGGAAGCGACAAAGUUUUCAUCGCCACCAAGGGGGACGAGCCCAGCAAAGGACAUGAUAUCAGCCUGGAGUUGAAUGACGACUGUACGGGCCUGUCGUCCGUGCUGCUGGCUUCUUGCCGCGAGCUAGGCGGCGGUUCGGGCCACUACGCUACCGGCAGCGGCGACCUGCAACACGCGCACGGCGCCGCCGAUGUCGACCGCCGCCGCCAGCUAGCUUCGGCCUCCAAGCUCAGCUUCACGCUGCGACUGGCGGGCGGCGGCCGCGUCAGCCCCAGCGGCACCGCCAAGUCGGGCUGGUUGCAGGCCUCGGCGGACGGCGGCGCCACCUGGGGCGCCGUGUGCUCCAAGCACUGGGGCUCGGAGGAGGCGACCGUGGCGUGCCGGCAGCUGGGCGGCGGCUCCACGGCGCUGGGCCUGCCGCGCUCCGCCGCCUCGGCCGGCUUCGCGGCCAGCGUGCCGGCGCCCACGGCCGCGGCGGCCUCGGCGCUGCUGCAUGUGCAGUCCGUGACCGCCGGCGCCAACCCCAUCGCCGUCAAGCGCGGCCUGGACAAGACCGCCGAGUACCUGGUGGCCAAGCUCAAGGAGCACGCCAAGCCCGUCAAGGGCCGCGAUGACAUCAAGAACGUUGCCUCCAUCUCGGCCGGCAACGACAACGCCAUUGGCGAGAUGAUUGCCGAUGCCCUGGACAAGGUGGGCUCCAACGGUGUGCUGUCCAUCGAGACCUCGAACAGCACCGAGACCGUGGUGGAGGUGCAGGAGGGCAUGGAGAUCGACCGCGGCUACAUCAGCCCCCAGUUCGUGACCAACCAGGAGCGCCUGCUGGUCGAGUACGACAACUGCCGCGUGUUGGUCACCGACCAAAAGAUCGACGCCAUCCGUGACAUCAUCCCCAUCCUGGAGCAGGUGACCCGCCUGAACGCGCCGCUGCUGAUCAUUGCCGAGGACGUGUCCGGCGAGGCGCUGGCCACCCUGGUGGUCAACAAGCUGCGCGGCGUGCUCAACGUGUGCGCCAUCAAGGCGCCCGGCUUCGGCGAGCGCCGCAAGUCGCUGCUGCAGGACAUUGCCAUUGUCACCGGCGCCGAGUUCAUUGCCAAGGACCUGGGCAUGAAGGUGGAGCAGGCGGUGGUGGAGCAGCUGGGCGUGGCGCGCAAGGUCACGGUGGCCAACAACACCACCACCCUCAUCGCCGACGCCGCCUCCAAGGACGAGAUCGAGAUGCGCAUCGCGCAGCUCAAGAAGGAGCUGGCCGAGACCGACUCGGUGUACGACACCGAGAAGCUGAGCGAGCGCAUCGCCAAGCUGAGCGGCGGUGUGGCCGUCAUCAAGGUGGGCGCCGCCACGGAGGCCGAGCUGGAGGACCGCAAGCUGCGCAUUGAGGACGCCAAGAACGCCACCUUCGCCGCCGUGGAGGAGGGCAUCGUGCCCGGCGGCGGCGCGGCGCUGCUGCACCUGUCGGAGCUGGUCCCCGCCUUCAAGGAGACCCUGACGGACGCCGAGGAGAAGCUGGGCGCCGACAUCGUCAUGAAGUCGCUGCGCGCCCCCUGCCGCCUGAUUGCCGACAACGCGGGUGUGGAGGGCGAGGUCAUUGUGCAGCGCCUGCUGGGCAAGCCCUUCGAGGUGGGCUACAACGCCAUGAUUGACAAGGUGGAGAACCUGCUGGACGCCGGCGUGAUCGACCCCGCCAAGGUGACCCGCAACGGCCUGCUCAACUCGGUGUCCAUCGCCGGCAUCAUGCUCACCACGCAGGCGGUGAUGGUGGAGAAGCACAAGCCCUCGGAGAUCCCCGGCGGCAUGACCGCCUCGGGCAUGCCCUCCGGCAUGACCAUCUAAACAGCGUCUCAGCGCUGCUGCUGACUGAGCGCUGCGACUGGUCGGCAGCGGGCUGGUGUGCUGGCUGGCCUAUGUGGUGGAGCUGGCUGGCCGGCAUGCGUGGCGCAGGACUGAGCGCAGAGUGGGGCAGGGGGGCGGCACAGGCCGCGCGUGUGGUUCUGUGGUUUGAGCAGAGGGCGUGGAGCAGGAGGAAGGUGAGGAGGAGUAGCUAGGAGGGGGUGGAGGUAGGAGGGGGCUUGGAGCUCUGGACAGGAGCUGCAGCAACAGCGGCAGCGGGAGUUUGCGCCCGCGUCAAGGAUCGCCAAUGGUACGUGCCGCGGCGUUUGGUGCUGGUUAAGAGGUGGCACAAACCAGCUCCAUGUCAGGGUAGCGGUGGAAGCAGACAGAUUGUUAUCUGGCCGUACACACACGAUAAACACGCUUGGGCGUGGCAGCAUGUGUGUGGUUUUCUGCGGGUUGUGCCCUUGUUCCCGAUUGAAGGGGUGUCGUGACGAGGGUGGGGCCGCGGCGUCUUGCCCUCCAACUAGGGUGCAGGUCACGAUUGACUGGAGGUGUGUGAGAGAGCGAUGGAGAGGUGUGUGCAAAGAGAGGGAGCAAGAGUGAUAAUGACGGGUUAAUCUGAGACACACGCGUGUUACCCACCUUUCGAAUACUGUGUAAGCAGCCAAAAUG